AUGAAUCCAGGCGCAUUCGCUUACUCGAUCGAUCCGAACGUCUACAAUGAUUUUACUCCAACCAGCAUCACCCCAAGCAGCAACGACAAUGGCGUUAUUGCGAUAAAUGGAAACUACAAUGAUGAUACAAAAAUCAACGAAAAUUGGAUUGGAUCUGUAAAUGGAAUGACAACUUCCAAUGGAAGCACCAAUCAGAAAUCUGCUGGUCCUUCGCCGUUGGCCUGCUUAGCAUGCCGACAAAAGCACCUCAAAUGCGAUGGCAGACAACCAAUCUGCGGUCGAUGUCAGUCCGGAGAGCUUGCUUGUGAAUACACUCCGUCACGACGAGGGUAUAAAGGUCCCUCAAAGAAACGUCGUGCUAAUCCUCAGCCCAACGAACAACAAAUUGCAAAUAUUGAUCAGCAGAUAUUUAAUCUAGAUGGUCGUCCCCUGGAGAUCUCGCCGGAUUGGCACAUCCCCAGCAUCGUUGGCUCUGUACCUUCGUCAGCGACACCGGCUGGKCAAGCGGUCACCCCUCCAGAUAUGCCAGGAGGUGUGAUAUCGACUACUAAUACCACCGGUUCUGUCGGCUAUGCUACCUCAACUACACCACAAGCUGGAAGAAUGCAGUCACCAUUGACUCCUGAAUCGCCUCCAACGGCAAUGGGGAGAGAUGGAUACUUGGUUGAUGUGUUUUACUCUAAUUUCCAUCCCGCCCACCCAAUUCUUCCUCCGGCGGGCAUGCUCUACAAAUAUUCUCCACCCCCUUAUCUCGAACUAGUGAUUAAGUUUAUUGGUGCUCAUUUUACGCCAGCAGCAUCUCCAGAGCCAUAUAGACCGUCUGUUGUGUCCGCAACCGUCGGCCAAGAUCCAUGUCCUGAAAAGGUUCAGGCAUUGCUGUUACUCACCAUUGUCCUCCAUUCGCGCAACGAGCGUCAAGAGGCUGGAGAACUUUUGGCGCAAGCCGUGUCUUUGGCGUACGAACUUGGCAUGCAUCGCAAAGAGUAUGCAGAGAACAUGGCAGAAGAUCCCAUCCGACGAGAAAGCUUCCGCCGCACUUGGUGGGAACUUUUUGUCAUCGAAGGCAUGUUGACCGCGCUAGGCAUGCGCACUACCUUUACAGCUAGCGAGGUUCCCCCUGAAGUGCCGCUUCCAUGUGAAGAGCGCAUUUACCAGGAUGGCCUAGCCCCUCCGCUUUACCCGCCUACAAUCAAACAGUUUGAUGACCGGGUAUUCGCCGAAGAGGACAUCACCUUUUCUUCAUUUUCUUACCGUAUCGAAGCUGUCCGAAUUCUGGGUAGGGUGGUGUCUUUGUCGGAGUCUGCAUCAGGCCAGCAGCAACAGGAAGAGGUAGAAUCAGUGGAUGCGCGAAUCGCAUCAUGGCAUCAUCACAUUCCAGACUCGAAGAUGGAGCUCAUGCGGCCAGACGGAACGAUGGACGAAAUGAUGUUCCAGGCGCGAAUGGUGAUCAGCGGUGCAUCGAUCUAUUUGAACUUCCCUCGAUCGGAUCUCCUUUCGUCACCGGCUGUAGCUGCAGAGGUUAUCUGCGGUCAUUCAGGGGUGUGUUUGAUGCCUGCAUUCUCGCACCAUGCGCACGCCAUGAGGGCCCUCAACGCGGCAAGCGAGAUCUCGACUCUGGCAGCGCUGCGCAUGCCCGUCACAAAACACACCCCGUUCUUCAUAUGCGCCCUGGUCCUGAGUUCGAUUGUGCAAUUGGCAGGAUACUCGGUCAAAGCCGGCCAAAUGCCGGAUCCGCGACGCGAUCGCCUCACUCUUACAAUCGGCGUGUUCAAGUCUCUAGGUCGGACGUGGGCGAUCUCGCAAUCGGUCAUGAGGCAGAUCAAAGCCGUGGCGCGCGAUGUGCUCGAGAUUGGCGUGCGGCCACAGGCUGAUCAGAACAAUCUUGACUUUAGUGCGUUUUUGGAGGGGAGUCAAUUCUGGUUACCCAAUAUGCAGCCUGCAUAG